AGCUGUAUCUACCGCCGGAUAUAUCGGCGCAUUUGGAGAAUUCGGUGGGUACAUCUUCGCCACGGCAGAGCUUCUUCGCCGGCAGCAAGUUGGAUUUCAAAAAUAAUUGCCUGGCGGCCGGAAACGCUGGAGUGCCUGGAGGUGGUGGUUCAUCUACGGGAACUGCAUCCAACCUCGGUCUAAGCCCCUCGAGUCCCGACUCGCAGCAAUUUAAUAUCUUCCCAGCAAUCUUUAGUCGUCAGCUCAAUUUUUCGACUGGUACGUGUGGACAGGGUAAGCUAAUGGAUGAUCUACGGCCGAAUCUUGUCGGUGGGCUCUUAGGCUUACAGCAGGGUCUUCUUGAAGACCACGCAUUAGCGCAUGGAAAUCUUCAACACGGAGGGCAAGAAUCAAAAUUCAUGGCACUCCAGGAUAAUCGCCUAAUGGGAAUAUCGUCGCAUGAGAAUCGAUUGUUGGGUCUAACCCAAGACACACGCUCAGCAUCGACGACGUCAGCUGGCGAUAACAAGGCACCUAUCCAGCGGAAGUGCAGCAGUACACCUGAAGAUUUCAAUGCUCUAUAUGGCGGUUUGCCUGCAUCUGGCCUAGCAGAAGCUCCAUCCCAUCAUCACACCCCAACGCAUACGCCACCCACACGUUUGUCGGACCACACUGUUGCAGCUGAAGGUGCAUUUAAGAAAUUAAAACCUGAGCCAAACUCUGGACUGUCGUCGGUUUCCGGAAGUGUAUCGUCUCCAGGAAGUGGGGUGUCGUCUUUGCCUCAGCAUGCCGGACACACACCGACCACGGCGUCAUGUCCAACACCAGCAAGAAGACGGCAUCGAACAACCUUUACCCAGGAGCAACUGGCCGAACUGGAAGCCGCUUUUGCAAAGUCCCAUUAUCCAGAUAUUUACUGCAGGGAAGAGUUGGCGAGAACAACCAAAUUAAACGAAGCUAGAAUACAGGUAUGGUUUCAAAAUAGACGCGCAAAAUAUCGGAAGCAAGAAAAGCAGCUCCAAAAAGCACUCGCCCCGUCAGUCAUACCGUCGUGCAAUGGGAUGAUGAGAAAUAUUCAGGGAUAUAGCGUUUCCCGAGGAUAUCAACCAUAUCCCCACCCAAACUCAAUAAAUAGAUACCCACAAGAUCUUUUUCAAAUGGGUGCCACUUCUUAUCCUGGCAUGACUCAACCAUUCUCGAUGACACAUAGCACGAAUAUGGGGUCGGUUAAUGUACGGCAGGAUACAAUGGGAAUGUCCGCAGAAGAUGAAUGGUACAAUAAAAGCUUAUCAGCUCUACGAAUGAACAGCUCUCAUCACCCUAAUCUGUCAGCUCCAAUGCUUCAAUAUCAAACAUAAUCAAAAUCUUUUUAACAUUAAAUGUGUAUAUGUUUUAUAUUUUAAGCUUUAAGUUUUAUUUUUUAUAA